AUGGCACAGCGCAUCUUCUCGUCGGCCGCCGCUGCCGCACAACCGCUUCGCCAAUCCGUUCCCCUCCAGACCCGAGGACUCGGACAGCUGGUGGCGGCGCCGAACCAGCCUGGGCGGGUGUUCCUUGGUUCGGGACCUGGAGGCAGGCACUCGACGACCGGUCACGUCGUCACUGUCUUUGGCGCGACCAGCUUCCUCGGCCGCUACCUCGUCUCGAAGCUUGCGAAGGCGGGAACGCAGGUCGUCGUGCCCUACCGGGAUGCGGAUGAGGCGCGGCACUUGAAGGUCUGCGGAGACUUGGGUCAGGUCGUUCCGAUGGAAUGGGACUUGAACAACGACACGCAGAUCGAGGAGUGCUUGCGGCACUCGGACACGGUCUACAACCUUGUCGGUCGUGACUACACCACCAAAAACUUCAACUUCCAGGAUGUCAACGUCUCCGGAGCCCGUCGCAUCGCCCGCAUUGCAGCGCAGAACGGCGUCUCGCGCUUCGUCCACGUCUCGCACCUGAACGCCGACCCGAACUCUGCCUCCGCCUUCUACCGGACCAAAUUCGAGGGCGAGCAGGCCGUCAAGGAGGCGUUCGGCAGCGACGCGACGAUCGUCAAGCCCGGAUGGAUGUUUGGCCACGAGGACCGCCUGCUCAACACGCUCGCCGUCUCUCCCUCGGUCUUCCGCGUCAAUCACGGCGAGACCAAGAUUGCGCCCGUCCACGUCCUCGACGUCGCCUCGGCGCUCAACACGAUGUACACCGCCGCGUCGACUCUCGGCGAGACGUACGCCCUCCCCGGCCCGCGCACCUACACCUUCGAGCAGCUCCUCCAGCUCGUCGAGGGCUACACGCUCAAGAAGCUCCAGGGCCCGAACCUCCCCCGCCCCUUGCUCUCGCUCAUGGCGCGCGCAUGGGACCUCGUGUGGUGGCCGACCCUCUCGCCCGACGAGGUCGUCCGGAGGUUCAUCGACGACUUGCCCGUCGCACCUGGCGUCAAGGGUUUCGCCGACCUCGGCAUCGAGCCCGAUGUCUUGGAGGACAUCGCCAUCGUCUACUUGAGGAGGUACCGUGCGUCAGCGUACGCCGACUUGCCCAUCCAACACGGCGGAAUCCCCCUUCGCAAGCAGCAGUACCACACGUUGGAUUAG